GGCAGCGUACUUUGUUCUGCAACUGUGUAUACUGUACAGUAUCUUACAAUCUCAACAAAACCCUCCACUAUUUUACUCCCACCGUUAAACCAACCUUUUCAAUUUCGUCACUUCCAUAACUCGACGCCAUUAAACCUGAGAAUUCGAACAAUUGGCGCCAACAUACAGAAAUCCAAAUCACAAUACAACAUACAUUUCAGAGGGAAUUUAUAUUGAAAUGGCUACUUUAACGAGUUAUAGGUUGUGCUUGAAGGACUCCACUACUUUCACUCUUUCGCGCCCUGCUUCGCCAUCUAUUUGUGACAGAUCAUAUAUCAGAUGGAGGUCCCCUCGAGCUGCAGUGAUCCCCAAUUUCCAUCUACCUAUGCGUAGCAAUGAAAUUAAGAACAGGACAAAUGUGGAUGAUAUAAAAUCCUUGAGGUUGAUUACAGCCAUUAAAACCCCUUAUCUACCAGAUGGAAGAUUUGAUCUUGAAGCUUAUGAUGCCUUGGUGAACAUGCAGAUCAAUGGUGGUGUUGAAGCUGUUAUUGUUGGUGGCACAACUGGUGAAGGACAACUUAUGAGCUGGGAUGAGCACAUCAUGCUUAUUGGCCACACGGUGAACUGUUUUGGCAGUAGCAUCAGAGUGAUAGGGAACACCGGUAGCAACUCAACACGGGAAGCUAUACAUGCUACUGAACAGGGGUUUGCUGUUGGAAUGCAUGCAGCUCUUCACAUCAAUCCUUAUUAUGGAAAGACUUCAUUGGAGGGUAUGAUUGCUCACUUUGAAAGUGUGCUUUCUAUGGGACCAGCUAUCAUAUACAAUGUACCGUCAAGAUCAAGUCAAGAUAUUCCGCCUCAGGUGAUACAUUCUCUAGCAAAAAAGGCCAACUUUGCUGGUGUCAAAGAAUGUGUGGGUAAUGAAAGAAUUAAGCAGUACACAGAUAACAAGAUUGUGGUUUGGAGUGGGAAUGAUGACCAGUGUCAUGAUUCCAGGUGGUCAUAUGGGGCUACUGGGGUUAUAUCUGUUACUAGUAACUUGGUUCCUGGCUUGAUUUGGCAACUCAUGUUUGAGGGAGCCAAUUUUUCUCUUAAUGCCAAGCUUAUGCCAUUAAUUGAGUGGCUUUUCCAGGAGCCAAAUCCGAUUGGUCUGAAUACAGCUUUAGCUCAACUUGGAGUAGCAAGGCCAGUCUUUCGCCUUCCUUAUGUACCUCUAUCCCGAGAAAAGAGGAUCGAAUUUGUGCAUCUAGUGAAGGAAAUUGGACGGGAGAACUUUGUUGGUGACAAAGAUAUCCAAGUUCUUGAUGACAAUGAUUUUAUUUUGAUUGGUCGGUAUUAAGCUAUAUUGGAUUAAGGCUUUGGCAUUGGUACUAAGCUCUUUGAUAUUUGCCUUUUGUCCUUCAAGCUUGUUUUUCAGAGUUUAUGAUGUCUAAGAUUAUCCUGCAAGUUGUGUAACGAGAUGUCUGAAUCUUAGCAGUAAAUGUCACGGUGUUGUUCUGAAUGUUUGGUAGAUUCAUUUGAUCUUGUUCUGUUUGCUUUACUGCUGUCCCCAGCAUACAACGACAUCUUCAACUUUGAUUUAUGAGUGUCAGAUUUCCCCAAUGCUUAUAAGCAAUGUUGCUAGGAAUAAAGUGAGUUCUCUUGUUCUCUGCACUUAUGUAAUUUCUUUCUUAUUUAUGAGCUCUUAAUUUAUGUUCUUGAACUGCUUAAAUUUAUGCCAACACUAGUAUUGGGCUUGAAUUGAGAGUUUUGCCAAAUUAAUACUAGUAGAUUAGCAGCUAUGGAAAAGGUUUUAUUUGUCAACUAA